AUGUCUGAGGGAGUGGACCCCUUGCAGCGCGCGACAUCAAGUUCCGUCAACAAAGUAGGUCUUUUUGAAAGUUUUCAGAAUAUAACUAUCUAUUGCAGAUAGAUCUCUUGUCGAAAGAAGAUGUCGUAAAGUUCGCAAAGAAGCAAGUUACUCACAUAGGGGAACUCAAAUCAAGGAAUGCGACGUUAGAAAAUAACUUGGUUCGUUUUUCAAAGUUGAAUUGUUUUUUCUACUUAUAUUUUUCAGAAGAAUGCACGUGCGGAGGUAUCUACCGCGAACGAGGAAAUAGAAUUGUUGAGAACUGUCAAUGAAAAACUAACACAGGACUUGGCCGCCAGAAGCACUGAUCCAGUAAGCAGCUUUUCUUUUGAAUAAUAAUUAGUUUUUUUCGUUUUUCAAAACCAUACGGUCACGCAAAGACUUUAGUGUCCUUUUAGUAAAAUAAUAAUCUGUUUUUUUUAUCACAUUUAGAUAUUAUUUUUUAAUGAAAGUUGGAUAGAAUUUAGGAUUUCGAACAGAAUAAAGGCGAAACAGAAGAGAAAUUGGCGAGAGAAAGCACAGCCAAUGCCGAAGUGCUGGGCUUAGAAAUAAAAGAUUUGGAAUCAAAGGUCAGUCUACUCUUGUUCAUGAUACUCCAACUUCGUUGUCAGGUAGACCAUUUGAACCGAGCUCUGAGAGAAAAAAUCGAAGCCGUCGUAAGAGCGCAAGAAGUUAUAGCCGAAAGCGACAACACCAUCAUAGAACUGAGGUUUUUAUUUUAUACUUUGCAGAAUAGUUUUGAAACCAUUUUUACUGUACUAUUUUGUUUGAGAGGUCUGAUUAAUUAUUUAACUUUGAUAUAUGCGACUGAACAUCAUUGCUUUAGCGAAAAGCACAUAUUUGGUCUUUUCAGACGUUCGAAAACAAAGGCAGAGACAGAGCGUGAAGAAUUUGAGAAACGCUGUGCACGGUUCACAGAAGAAUUAAACGGUGAGAGAAAUUUCAAUUAACUAUUCCAUGUUUUUUGUCGUCAGAGUUUUGUAAUUUCUUUUCAUCGUUUUUUUUUGGAAAUUCGGGAAAUUUCGAGUUCCAUUCUUUAAUUUUCAGAAGAGAGAAAACUCACCAAAGAUCUCACUUCCCGACUAGAAACGGCGGAAAAUAAACGUGUUGUGUCACAGGAAAAGCGAGACACCGAAACGAUAGCUCUCGCUAGGAGAUUGGCCGAAAGCGAACAAAGAACUCGCACGUUCGUGCUUUUUUGUCUUUUUCACCUGUUAAUUAUCAACUUUGCAGUCUGGAAGAUGUUGUCGAGGCUUUGAGAGAAGACAACUUGAAGUUGACCGCAGAUUAUCACGAUUCGAAGGCUCGAAUCGCUCACAUCGAGUCCGACUACAACUCUUAUAAGGUUUCUUUUAUUUCGUUUUGGAACAGCUACGAUUUUUCUGUUCUGUUGUGAAUCGCGUAAUUUUAAUAAUUUCAGAGCAAAGUCACCUUUAUCCUCGAACAGAACGAGAAUCAACAAAAAGAAAAAAAUGAAGCGGAAAAAACGAAUGUUGAAGAGUUGCGCAAACUGCAAGAGGACCUCAACCAGGCCCAAGCAGAAAUCUUGAAAAUGAAGUUGGGUUUAUCGAUUCAUUCUCAUGGAAUUGUGUUUUUUGAGAAGCAAGGAAGAGUCCGCGACGGAGGAACUUUUGAACGUGAAAUCCCGUUUUGAACAACUCACUCAGAAAAUUCAAGAUUUGCAGCAGGAUAACUUACAAAUGAGGACGGCUCAUAUGGACGAGUUAGUGAACUUUUCUUUUCUUAUUCCGAAUAACUGAGUUAAAGUCUUUCUAAAUGUUUAAACGUUUGUAAAAGUUAAAGUUUAUUCAUAUUCACAAGUGAGAAAGGUGGCGAAACUUAGAAGGACAAAGUUAGAUGUUUAAAAAAGGGUUGAAGUGAUUUUUCUGAGAACUUUUUGAAUAUAGGCUGUUCUAGUAAAAAUUGAAUUUUCGAUCAUUUAAUAGGGGCUUCUGGUUUUUUAUUCUUUUUUUUUUCUGCGUACUCGGACCUCGGCAACGCAAACCUUUUUUUUUGAACAUCUGAGAAUUGAAGAUCCUUGGUUAACUUUGAUGAAUUCCAUCUUCUUGUAGCAUAAUUCGCAUUCAACAAAGUUCUGCUGACGCUGUCCAGAAGGCUGACCGAGAAAGAUGCGAUGCGCUCUCCAAACUCGAAGACGUCAAUAAUCAACUCAAACUUCUUGCUUCAGCAAAACAAAAAGUAUAUUUUUCUGAUCUUCUUCCUGAAUUUUUUUUUUGCAGUUGGAGCUGCAUUCGACAUCAGAAGUUGAGAGAGAAAAAGCCUCGGCAGCGUCAGUUGCGAAAAAGGUAUCCUUCUGUUAUUUUAAAACGAAUUCAUGUUCCAAACAGUUGGAAGAAGCUUUAUCGCGAGUUUCGCUGCUGGAAGAGGAAAUCCUCGCUGCGAAGCAAACGACAAAAGGACACGUCCAGCAGAAACUCGUGGUCGCCGUCAGUCCUCUGGAACAAAUUGGGAAAAUUGGCGCCUUGAAAUCGACAAUGGCAGGUCCAGUGACAUCUUCGGUCUCUGUCGCCAGUGAACCAACUCAGGUUUUGAGAGUUCUUCCAAUUUAUUCGGAAGGAAAAUUAUUAGACUCUCUUUCAAACUAUUGUUCAGGGGGAUGUGUCUCUUGAAAAGGUCUUGUUUGGCGAUGAUGACGACGAUUUCAAUACAAAUUCAGGUACGAGGUUAAACUCAUUCAGUUUACAAAAAACCCGCUUCUAUAGGGCCCGAAAAAAGGGUCCCUAUAGGGGCUUAGGGUCUGACCCCUUAGCCCCUAAAAAUCAAGUGACCCCUCCUUUCUUGAGUUUUUCGCGUGGAAAUGCUUUCUCUCAUGGAGAUUAGAACAAUAAUCGACUAGCAUGGUUUCUAUAGCGGCCAAAUUAUUUUCUUAUGUUUUUUCAUGCAAAAAUUGAAAAAUUUACAGACAUCGGAAGAGACGAUUCAGUCGAAUGGCAAAGAGAGAAGAUGCAAGAAGAAAUCGAAAAUCUGAAGCAUUCGAGCGCACACAUGAGAGAAUUGCUCAACGAUCUGGAGACUUCGAAUAGAUGUCUUCUGGAACAGGUCUGCUGAUGAAACUUAUUGGAAAAAAAAAAUCGAAUUCCAGAAUGACUUUUUGAAAAACGAAAUAAGAAGAGCAGAACGAGAAGAAGAAAGGAAGAACGAGCUGUCGGACAGCAGAAAUAUGGAAUACUUGAAAAAUGUGUUUGUAAAUUUCCUGACGCCUCGAGAACGGCUCGACGGCGAACACGAGCAGCUCAUCGUCGUCCUAGAAAGAAUAUUGCACCUUUCCCCCGUAGAAGCGAAUGUCGUCAGGACGGCCGCCGGUGUGCUCAGCCACGACGAGAGAAGUCCGACGACUUCGGCAAACGCGACAUGGGGAUCUUACUUUACGGGCUGGACCAGCAAUUAA